AUCAUUUCAUCUAAAAGUUAGAUAGCCAGUGAUUCGAUUCCAAAUAUGUCCUUUCCUAACGUCAUCACAAAUAUAUAAAAAGCUGUUGGGCAAGUUUUCUACCACUAUGAUAUUGACUUCCAAAAAAACGUCAAGCUUCCCACGAGCUUUAGGCGCAAAGUAUUGGCAAGUUUCUAACUUUUCAGCAGUUUUUACCAUAGAAACUUGAGGUCAUGUUCGCAUAGUUCGUGUCCCUUUGUAUUCUCCUUUAAUUGGUCUGCCACCUUUGUGGUAAAUUGAUCCAAUACUGUUAUGACUUUACCUAAGGAAACAGGGGUAAAGGAUGGGGUAAGUGAAUGACAGAAUGUAGCAAUAUUCUGUAUGAAAUAUGUAGCGAUAGGUUUCUUAAGGGGUUUCGGUGACCGUUCAGCAUUUUGGUCUUCGAGGAGCCUUUAUUUAAUAGAUUUUGGCUCUUGCUUCUCAGAAGAAUAAGAGUUUAUUCAAACAGGAACUUUGACUGUCAUGACGUCAUAAUCUAGAUCUUGAGAUGGUAUUUCUAUUGAAACUUUUUUGGUUAAAGCAAGAGUGUUCUUUCUGACAACCUUAUUUUCAGUACCGUAGUUUGCCCCGCAUAAAGGUUCCACUACGCAGGCAUGAAAUAAGUAACAUACACGCAACUCCUAACAUGAAAUGCUAAAACAUAUGAAGCCUGCAGGCUUCAGAAUUGUGUUCGUGCGCAUGUAACCACGGCGUGAGAUUAUUGGUGGGGCGCCAUUAUUUGAAAACAGUAGAAGAAAAACUGAUUGUUCAUCAGAAACAAAAGAUCUUUAUUACUUUGUAGAGUCACGAGCCCCCUAAAAAUCAGGAACAUGUUAGAAUUCUUCAUGGUCUUUACCUUAUUGAAUAUUAGAUCACCCACUCAGCUUCUUUCCUAUGGCAGUGAAUAAAGAAGUCCAGUUCCAUUGAGAGAAAUUUUAUGAGUCAGAGAGACAAUCAUAUCAUGCAGCUAAAGCAAGUUAAAUUUUUUAGUCCGCCCCAAGACACCAUUUGUUUGCGCAGUAGGCAAAAGUUACGCACACGAGAAAAUCUUGAACUAUUUAUAACGAUCUAUUUGCCGUGAUUCAUUAAAAGCACUUUUGCUUCUUGGCAGCUGUGUCUACUCCUCCAACAUUACCCUUUCGUGUUAGUUUUAUUCAUUUGCGGGUAUAUGAUGGUAUUAUUUCUUCACAACAAACUAACUAAUGGCAAGCCUUGAGCCCUGAACGUUUUGUUUUAGUUAGGGGCUUGUUCAUUUUUUGCACUAUGCUUGUCAAGUUGCUUAUGUUUGUAAGCCAAUUCAAGUCGACAGAGCACCUAAGAUAACAAAUAUUUGAAACCAGCUUCAAGUCUUUUUGCAUUUGAAUCAAAUAAUAACUGACUGUUCAUAACCAUAGAGGAUGAUUUUUAACAACUCUUAAGUAUAAAGAUUUAUCAAACCAACACCAACAGACAACAGCAUUGCAUUUACACUGUUGAGGAGAUCAUGUUUAUUUGCAUGGCAGAGAAGGAACUAGUGUACAAAAAUAUCCCUUGCUUUCUCAGUCUUUUUGCAUUUUGUCAUGCCUAGAAUAUGGGAAAUGAAGUUUCAUAAAUGUAGACGUUAGACAAAAUUGCUGAAUUUUUAUUUUCACAAAGGUUUUUCAAAAUUUGAAAUAAGAAUAUUUCUUGAAAGAGUGAACAUGACGUGUCAAUGAUGCAUCGAUCUUUGUGUAUCCCUAUCAUGAUUAUCACAAGGUCCGUUUGAUAGAGAAUCUCGACUGCUAAGAACACCUGCUCUGAUUUGAAGUUUCUUAUAUAGAGAAAAUAACUUGCUUUUAGCUUUUUCCCAAAGAUCGGUUCUACAUUACGCCAAUUCAUAGUUUCCCAGGGGGCUUGAGUUUUCAAGCAUCCCCGUAUCCAGCGCCUAUAUCCAUCUCAAUGUCCCGAAAGUUCAAGUUUAUAAUUAAAUAUGCUUCUACAGCAACUUGUUUUUGUGUAAAAGACGAGGGACAUUUGGAAGAAUCAAUUAAUAAUGAAGAACGCGGUGAUAAGAUAAGUCUAGCUUAAAAACCUAGCUACGUUCAUUUCACCUACCACUGAUACGCACCGACCUGGACGUAGGUCUUCAUUUGAGAUGUUACACAGUUGAGAGGCUAAAAAUUUUACACAACUGUGAGAAGUUACAUAGUUGAAAUGAACGCACGCGAUCCUGAUGGGAAACGUAGGGGGAAUCCUAAAAUGGUCAUGGAAGAGGUGAUAAGGGGGGUGGGCUGACUUGGCCCUUCAUGCAAAUCCAUAUAAUCUUUUGAUAGCACUUUUCAUACCUCUGUGGUUUUAGGAAAUCAACCUCGCUCUUUGGAUGCUUCGUUGGAAUUUUUAUUAUAAAAAUAAAGUUUACUUUUUCAGUAACAUAGAAUUGAUCAGCCCCAGUCCCCCACACCUGUAUCCAAUCGGGAGGUUUCGCAUUACCUAAAAAGCAUGCGCAAACUUCAUUGUUUGGGAGAAUGAGCACCUAAAGGACAAUUGCUUCCAGUGACCCAGUCUUUUCCACGGAUCAGUAAUCCUUCCUCGUUUUUGGCUGUGAAAUUUGCAAUCUCCGAUGCAAAUGCUCACAGUUGACUUGGAGGAUUUACCAUUAUCCGCCUUCCCAACACGCGAGGGAAUUUUCAAAUGUCUCAAAUCUCUUUGGUAAAACAGCAACAGGGACUCCGAUGCAAGGGGGAAAAGAAGAGGUUGCCAUGAUCCUGCAAUUGCAAUAAGCCCUUCUGAUUUGCAAAACAGUUGGAAGCCGUCUUCGGAGGCCCCCCAGAGUCGGCAUUCUUGACCAGGGCAUCAGAUUAUAGACAAUUGCUGUGCCCUGUGGGGUGUUGUAUUAGGGGUAUCAGGGGCACGUGCCCCAGGAUGUAGAGCUGGGGGGCUCAGGGAGCCGAGUCCCACUUGUUGAUGCCGAAAUUUGGAAAAUUUCUACUAUUGUUUUUCGCAACAUUUUGUGCAAGAGCCCCCCUAGUUAUUUUCAUAGCAUUACACCAGUGCACGUGCCCCCAAUUUUUGGAAACAGACCUACUUGAGUUCUCCUUCAACUCUGAAAGUGCUUCCGACAUCUUUGUAUGAGCAAGUUCGAAGCAAGCCAGAUAGGCCACCAGAUGUGAAUGCGAACUCAAAGAACCGUACUACCAAUCAGUGGCGGAUUUAAGGGGGGGGGGCAGUUGCCCCUCCCUCACCGAAUUGAAGGAAGUCUGGCGCCCCUUUUGAAAAUUGUGCGCCCCUUUUCAAGAAUGAGAGUCAAGUGAAAAACUUUCUGAGACGUAUAGGUUGAUUUACUUCAAGGAUUACCUCAAAGUAUACAAGGAUUUUUGUGAAAAUUCCCUUACAAAGUGAAUGGAGAGCCUUCUAUCAGUAGUUAGGGACUGAAAUUGUUGUAUACAGCGUACACUUGUUACCAAUUUUUGAAAUUUUUCAGCACCCACACUACCAACUGUCCCUCCUUCAAAUUUGCUCUGGAUCUGCCCCAGCAACCAAUUUCUUUAACUUGCAUCUCUGCUAUUCUUGCUUGAAGACAAUUGGUGAUCUGUGAUCUAACUCAAAGCGUUAUUACGUAUGACACUAAUAGGAGAGCUAUGGUUUCGUUUAAAACAAGAAACCCAGCAGCACCAGUCGCUGAAGUGAGUUCAGCACUGAAAGUGUAUUGAUUAAAAAUCGGGUAUAAUAGAGGCUCAUUUGGUGAUCUCGAGAAAAGGCUUUGGACACUGUAUAUCACAUGAAUUCAUAGCACGUUUAUUCCUUUUUCUGUUUUUUGUAUCUUAGGACAAAAAUAUUGAUAAGGCCCACAGAAAAUUGAAGUUCAGGCUGGCUGUUCUUAAUGUUUUCGAAUAAGUUUAAGCUGGAUUGUUCUUAAUUUUUGUGUAAAGAAGUGUAAAGAAGAGUGCAAAGAAUAAAGAAACUGGAGCAAAUUGAUAUAUCAAUGGGCCAAAACUGCAACGUUAGCAAGGUUUUUGUAAAGUUUACAGUCGCUCAUUAGAUAGGGAAGGGCUGCAUGAUGGCCGAAGCAUUUAGAUGGGGCCCGGGCGGCCGGGGGGCACUGAAAUGACUCAAGAUGAUUUAUUAUCAUGAGAGUGUAGUUUUACUUUUAAAAAAUAUUCUGAUCUUGACAAGUAUAACAAGAUAAGCAAAGAUAAUUAUCUUUAUAAUCAGAAAAGAUGGAUAAACAAUCUUUAUUUGUUUUGGUAGUGUUGGAAAAUAAUGAUUUGAUUGUGCUGAUGAUAAGAAGGCCGUGAUCUCUGACAGUAGGGAUGUCUAAAUUUUUUGAAUAAAGCUGUUGUACAAUUUUGAACCUAAUAGCUCUGGUAAUGAAUAAUAGAUGAGGCAAUAUAAAUUGGGCUGUUUUGGUAUAAUUAUAAUACGUUAGCGUGGUAUGGAUAGAGAAAUUCAAUUUCAACGAAGAGCUGGUGAAGCCUUAUGCACUGUUUACUAUUUGCUUGCGAAGUCUUAACCAGUUCAAAAGUUUGCACAGUGUAAACAAUACAGCAGGUUUUUGUAGCUGUCUAUAUCACUUUAAUAAUCAAAAGCAAGGAGCUUCAAAAUUGGGAUUGGGAUCGACACAAGAAGACAGAAAAAGCUCCCCCAAAAUUUCGUCACACUGAGAAUAUGGAAGAACUCACUCGCUGGCGUGUUGACAGAUUGAUCGACCAGGAGAUAACUGCACAGUUAGAUCAUUGACUUGUAUGUUGCUAGUCGUCUUGUGAAGAAGUCAAUAUGGCAGACGAGGAAGGUCGGCUUCCUCCUUUUUCGAUCAAGAAAAAACGCAACAAGAAGCAAAAGAUUCAAAAUUUUGUAGCAGGAAGAACGAGAAGGCGAAUAAACUCCGAGAGUUCCUCAACAUUGUCGGAAACUCGUGCAAAAUUUAUUCGAUCGUCCUCAGUUUCAACCAAAAAAGAACCAAUAGUAGCACCAAAUUCAGAUGCUGGUAGCAAAGCAGAAGACAGAUAUGUAGAGGAGCUUGAUUUUCUUGAGAUGCUUGGCAGGCUGCAGUCAAGCCGCCUGGAUGAUCAGCGCACAAGUCUUCCGGCUUCUCUUGCAAAGCAGGAUAUAGUCGAAGAAAGUACGGUGGAAAUGCCAGUUGUAACAGAAGAUUCCAGUACAGAGGAAGAUGAUUCCUUGGAACCCAUUCAACAGGUCCUGGCUCUUGGUUCACCUUAUCCUCUUGUGGUUUUACCAGUCGAAGGGGACUAUUGGAUGGAGGGAACCAAUCAUAUUCUGCAGAGAGACAAGCAAAAUCGCCCUGUUAUGCCCAGAGUCGAUUUGAGCAAAUGCGUCGUGGAUUCCGAUCAUACUGCAACAGUUUACAGAAAUAAUUUUCUUGGCAAGGAACAUCUAAAUUACGCGGCUCUUGAUCACAGAUUCGGUCCUUUGCUAUUGUCAGUAAAGAGCGAGGUGCCAGGGGAAUAUUCGGAUGAAAGUAAAUUAACAGAUCAUUACGAAAUAAUUUUAAGGCUAAAUUGUAGAACUAUCCACCAGUUUGUUGCAGCGUCGUCCAUGAGUGAAAACCCACGCCCUAGAGAAAUAAUACAGAAUAUACUGCAAGAUGAACUGGACAUAGAUAGAUUUCACCCUAUAGCGAUUCCCCGGAUAACAGAACACAUUGUGAAAUAUGACGAGCACAUACUAACUAAUUGUUACAAAAUAGGCGUGAUUUAUCAGAAACACAAGCAGACAACCGAAGAAGAGUACUUUGGCAACAAAACUCAUAGCCCUGCCAUGGAAGAAUUUUUGGACUGCCUAGGCACCAAAGUACAGUUGCAAGGAUUUCAGGGGUAUCGUGGAGGACUUGAUGUAAGGCACAAUCAGACGGGAGAGACAUCGUAUCACACAGUUUUUAAAGAAAGAGAAUUCAUGUUUCAUGUAUCAACGCUGCUGCCUUUUAAACCCGAAGAUAGACAGCAGGUCCAACGUAAAAGGCACAUUGGAAACGAUAUUGUGGCCAUUGUUUUUCAGGACGAAAAUACCCCGUUCAGUCCUACAUCUGUCCGGUCACACUUUCUCCAUGUUUUCAUCAUUGUGCAAGUUAUUGAUGCAAAUACCCCGAAUUGUCGAUAUAAGGUUACUGUAACGGCAAGGGAUGGAGUACCCAGAUUUAGUCCUGCUUUACCGAACCCUGCUGUUUUUAGAAAGGGGAGAGAGUUCCGAGAAUUCUUGAUGACCAAAAUUCUCAACGCGGAACUUGCAGCUUGCAAAAGUGAAAAAUUCUCGCAGCUCGCUGAACGAACUCGAGCAAUGCUUCUGCAACAGCUAGUAAACGAUCUGAUCAUGAGAAAUGAGCAAUGCAUGGAAGAGGGAUUGCUCACAAGGACUAACUCAGGUGGCAAAGGAAAGUUGUUGUCAUCAUUCAAGUCAGCUCUUGCAAACUCAAAGGGUAGAAACGGCAGCUCGGUGUCGCUCGCAAGCAACACGUCAUUGCAAACGCCCAAAAAUGGCAUAUCGCUCUCACUGAAUGAUAUCACUGAUGUGUCAGCAGACGACGCUAAAAAAGAGAAAAAGAAAUUGUUCUCUCGGGGACGAAGCAGCAAGGAUAAUGGCCAAGAACAGACCAGAAAGGAGUCAAAUAAUUCACUAGCAUCGCCUUCGUCACCAAACAAUGGAACCUGGCCUAGCACGAAUUUAGCUUCUGUGAAUGAAGGAAGGGACUUCUUUGGUUUUCGCUCGAAGUCAGUAGAGACUCCGCCGUCCGGAAAAACGUUGCAUUACAUGUACGAAGGCCCAAACAGCGCUUGCUCUUCACCGUCUGUUACUUACAACCGUCGAAAGUUUUUAACACAACCAGAAAUGUCAUCAACAAAUAGAAGUUCAAUAAACGGUGUUUAUCAAAGGAAUGCAAGAUCAAGUUCCUUCAACGACAGCGAAUCACUGAGAAAUACGGAUCCCCAAGGGGUACAUUCGAAGUAUAUUUCGGUCAGCAGCUGUUCAUCAUACGAAGAUAUAAGUUCAAGCAGCGCAUGCUCAGCUUUAGAUGCAGCUCAGCGAGAAAUUGAUGUUUUACGGUCUGAAAUUAGUAAACUUAAAACAGACAAAAUGGAUUUGGUGCGUCAAAAUGUGACAUAUCAACGAGAGAUAAGAAAGUAUAAGGAAAAAUCCUUGCACCAGACUGCCGAAUUGUAUGCUGCAAAGCACGAAUUGGCAAAACUACGCUUUGUACCGAAACACGAAGAAGAUGUCAAUCACAACAACGAAAGUCCUAGUCGUCAAAGCGAUUACUUUGAUAACGAGAUGACCCCUGUCAAUCAUAAGGAUAAGGUGAUUUUCUUCGGUGAAGAUUCCCCUCACACAAAGCGUCGUUCUAUGACUGUUAGGAACGAACCAUUAAAAGCCACUGUAAGCGAUGCUUUGUCGUCGGUUCAUCAUCAUCAAAAACGACAGCAGAUUGUACCAAAUAACAAACGGCAUUCAAUAAGCCAUGUUUAAUGGGAGGAGCGGUUCUUUGUCGCUAAGAGCACUGUGUUACAAACCGGCGCUGGUGGAGGCAUUUCUGUCGUAGUUGUGACAUUCCUGUUUCCUGAUCAAAUGCCGAGUCCCAUUAGAAAGAUGUUUGAUACCAACUGUACGACGAAAGAGAAACAAAUGCAUUUUUAGUGUAUCUAAAGUUUUCAUUUGUAUUGACAUCCGUUGACAUUUAUUUAAACCGUCUUGUGAUUUCUUAGGCUCUACAAAAGCCAAGAUCGUACUGACGAGAUUAUUUCUAUUAAAAUAAAAUGAUAUAAUAAUGUGUAAAUAUGAUUUACUUAAUUAAGUUCUUCGAAUUAUUGUUUUCUCCAUCUUUAUCAAAAUGGGUCGUAUUCAACGUGAUGAUAAUUCUCAGUGGCAACAACAUUUCUAUUUAGAAAAUUAAGAAUUCUUCGCUUAGCAGGGAAGAAGAAGCUAGAAUAAAUCCCUAUUUAACGAACAAUUGUGAGACCUGAUAUAGUAAUUGGUUAAUGAUGGAUUUUACAAAAUAGAGGGCUUGAGAGCAAUUUGCUAUAAUCUCAAGUUCGUUAGAUUUUGAGGUUGUUGAUUUGGAAUUCAAUUUUUCCUCAAAUUUUACUAUAAUGCAGUUCCUGUGGCAUAUCAUUGCCUUUUGUGCCUUUCCAGUUCUUUUUUCUAUCUCCUAAAGACCUAGAAGUUUGGUAAUUCAUGGUAUUUAAACAAGUCAGACAGGAAUGCAAAAUUGUGUUUGCCACAGAAACAAACUGAAUUCGUGCCAAUCAAUUGUUAUUUUCUAUUUUUAAAUGUUGAUAAUAAAUUGUUUCGGUUCGUUGAUACUAAUUGUAAAAUAAUAGUGAAUAUUUGCUUGAAUUUGUUAAUGUUAUUUUAAGUUAAAGAUCGUUCACAUACUAACUGGAAACGAUUUAUUUUGAAACUUCGGUUUGGUAAAAUGGGUGUUGACUUUAAGUUGAUCUUAAUGAUUGACACCCAAGUAGCAACCGAACAUCUUAAAGAAUUGUUGUAUGAUAUCAAGAGAAGGAUUAUAUA